UGGAGGGGGGAGGUUUUUGUUGAGGAGAGCGCGGCCGGAAAGCAGAGCUCCGGGACCCAGGUGACCGGGAAAGCAGGCAGCCCCAGCGGCGGGAGCAGCCGGCAGCAGCCCAGGCCCGGGGACCGGGGUGGGGGUGGGAGGGGGGCUGAGGGGAGGACCUGAAGGGGGGCGGCAGGGCAAAAGGGACCCCUGGAGCCCUGCCACCAUCAGAGAUCAAGCAUCUGGCAUCAGGGAUCUUCGGACCCAGCAGAAGGAUCCGCCACAGGGGAGGUGUCCUCCCAGGGAAGCCAACGAGACAUUCACCUGCCCCACAUCAGGAGUGGGCCCCCCUCACUGACGCUGCUGGCAACCAUAGCAGGCCCCUUAACCCCUCAGUCUCCUCCCUAUCACCCUCCUCAGGCCCUUUCCCCGCCUCCAGCUCUCAUCUCAACUCCCAGUUCCCAGCCCUCUAAGCCCCAGCGCCCCGGCUACCACCUCACCCUCCAGGUCUUGGCCACACUCACCCCCAUCCUGGGACAUUUGCCAGAUCUCUGGGAGGGAGAUCGUUUGUUUGGGCGAUGCCCCCUGGUGGCAUGACAGCGUCUGCCUAGACCCCUGACCCCUAGCCCUCAACUCCCUGGGCCUCCUUUGUGUGAAGAGCCGCCCCUCUGCUCAGCAGCGUGGUUGGGGGCCAAAGGGAAAGCCAGCCCCGGCUGGGCCCCCGGGCCCCACCACUUAUCUCCUUGCUGGGCAGCUCCCCUUGGCCUUUGGGUCUCUCCCUGCUCCCUCGGCCCUCCUCCUGGGCCGCCUCGAUGAAGGAGCCGGAUGCCAUCAAGCUGUUUGUGGGGCAGAUCCCGAGGCAUCUGGAGGAGAAGGACCUGAAGCCCAUCUUCGAACAGUUUGGUCGGAUCUUCGAGCUGACUGUCAUCAAGGACAAGUACACCGGGCUGCACAAGGGAUGUGCCUUCCUGACAUACUGUGCCCGGGAUUCAGCCCUGAAGGCCCAGAGCGCCCUACACGAACAGAAGACACUUCCAGGGAUGAACAGGCCGAUCCAGGUCAAGCCAGCCGACAGCGAGAGCCGAGGAGAAGACCGGAAGCUGUUUGUGGGGAUGCUAGGGAAGCAGCAGACAGAUGAGGAUGUCCGGAAGAUGUUUGAGCCCUUCGGGACCAUCGACGAGUGCACUGUGCUCCGGGGGCCAGAUGGCACUAGCAAAGGUUGCGCCUUCGUGAAGUUCCAGACCCACGCCGAGGCCCAGGCAGCCAUCAACACCCUUCACAGCAGCCGGACCCUGCCAGGUGCCUCGUCCAGCCUGGUGGUGAAGUUUGCUGACACUGAGAAGGAGCGAGGUCUCCGCCGCAUGCAGCAGGUGGCCACCCAGCUGGGCAUGUUCAGCCCCAUCGCCCUCCAGUUCGGAGCCUACAGCGCCUACACCCAGGCCCUGAUGCAGCAGCAGGCGGCCCUGGUAGCGGCUCACAGUGCCUACCUCAGCCCCAUGGCCACCAUGGCUGCUGUGCAGAUGCAGCACAUGGCUGCCAUCAAUGCCAAUGGCCUCAUCGCCACCCCCAUCACCCCAUCCUCAGGAACCAGCACCCCUCCUGCCAUCGCUGCCACGCCUGUCUCUGCCAUUCCGGCUGCCCUGGGCGUCAACGGCUACAGCCCGGUGCCCACCCAGCCCACUGGGCAGCCUGCCCCUGAUGCUCUGUAUCCCAACGGGGUUCACCCCUACCCAGCCCAGAGCCCCGCAGCUCCCGUGGACCCCCUGCAGCAGGCCUAUGCGGGGAUGCAGCACUACACAGCAGCCUACCCAGCAGCCUACAGCCUGGUGGCGCCUGCGUUCCCGCAGCCUCCAGCCCUGGUCGCCCAGCAGCCCCCACCACCCCCUCAACAGCAGCAGCAGCAGCAGCAGCAGCAGCAGCAGCAACAGCAGCAGCAAAGAGAAGGCCCUGAUGGCUGCAAUAUCUUCAUCUACCACCUGCCCCAGGAGUUCACUGACUCAGAGAUCCUCCAGAUGUUUGUCCCCUUUGGCCAUGUCAUCUCAGCCAAAGUCUUUGUUGACCGGGCCACCAAUCAGAGCAAAUGUUUUGGCUUUGUGAGUUUCGACAAUCCGGCCAGUGCCCAGGCUGCCAUCCAGGCCAUGAAUGGCUUCCAGAUCGGCAUGAAGCGCCUCAAAGUCCAGCUAAAGCGGCCUAAGGAUGCCAACCGGCCCUACUGAGGGCCCCCAGGUCUGGAGAUCCCAGAGGAAGGGGCGCCUCACACCCUCUUCCCACGACUGGCCCUGGCCCUCUCCGCACACCUGCCCUGGGCCUUGACUGGGUUCUGGGGCAAACGCUGCUUCGUGGCCCCUGGGGGGCACAAGACACCGGCCCCUCCCACCCCCUGCCUCUCUGAAGGGCCGUGGCUAUGCUUCCCUGCCUCCAAGGGCCCAUUUCCUCCUAGAUGCCCUUUUGGCCUUUGUGAGGGAGCGAGGAACAGGCUCGAAGGUUCCGGGGUAUCUGCCUUCUGCUGGGCUCCUGUGACAGGCCUUCUGUGCCCAGCGUUUGUACUUGCCUCCCCCACCAGUGGGCCUGUUGUACCCGUGCAGGCCCCAGGAGAGCUGCAGGGGCCUGCCAUACACUCCCAGCCCACCCUCACCCCAGCCUCUUCCCCACAUUAGGGGUUUCUUGGAAGCUGGCUCUCACUCCCCUCCACCCUCUAGCUAGAGGUAGGAUAUCCCUGACUCUUGGGCUCCCAGCCCUAAAACUCACUGCCUCCCCCAAGGGCCCCCUCUAAGGAGAGUGUGGGGGAGCCCUGAGGGCUGCCUCUCUGCCAGUCAGCCACAGAGACCCUCCUCCUUUCACGAGGAAAAGACCUUCCCCUGAAUCCCUAAAAAUGUUUACAGUCUCUGCUGGUUCCCUCCGUGUAAAUACCACCACCACCCGUGCGUUAUCCAGCCCGCCCGGCCUGGCCCGGACGCUGCCAUCUCUCUUUCUGGGAGUUUAGACAAUGUUGCCCUUGGAUUUUUUUCUCUCUCUUAAUUUCUCCCUUUGCUUUGGGGGGUAAUUGGAUAUUGGGAGGAGGGGUGUGGGGAGGGGUAAAGGGGUUUAUUACCUGAUCAUUUUCUUUAGGAAGGUUUUAGGGAAAAGAAAAUGGGGUGGGGGUGGGAGUGGUAAGGGGAGACCGGGGAGUCAGUUUCAGACAGUUCUCUAUGCUUAACUUAUUUAUUUAUUGCAUUUUACUUUUAAAGAGUUGGUCUUUUCUGUCUAAAUAAAGAAAAAAGUUUAAAAGCAUCAAAUAAGAGUCUUGGAAGGUUGAGGGUAGGGGAUUGUUCCCCACCCACACUGGGAAGGGGGAGGGAGGUAAAGAAUGAGGUUUGAGAGAGAAAAUCGCAUCAGGGAAGGCCGGGCCCUUGCUUCUGAGCAGCAUCCAGGCCUUGUUCAUGGCUUCAUGAUCCUAUCCCUUAGCCCUUCUUUGGGGCUUAAUUCUGAAUGUCCUGCAGAGUUGGGCACAAGGAGAUCUCCCCUGUCCGGGGCUCUCCUCUGUAUCCAGCCCUGUCCCUCUGAAGGCUGAGGACUUGCAGUCUCACAUCUGGACCUCCAUUUCUGCACAGAGGCCAGUGUGGAUACUAGGAGCCAGUUGUGACACCACCAUUUACUAACCACUGCUCCGUAUGUGAUUCUGUUCCUAGCCCUUAUUGUGCAUUUCCUCAUUUUAUCUCCUAACAACCUUGUGAGGCAGGAUAUAGUUUAUUUAUUUUACUUAUUUAUUUUGAGACAGGGUUUUGCUCUGUCACUCAGGCUGGAGUGUGAUGGUGAGAUCAUAGCUCACUGCAGCCUCGAACUCCUGGUUCAAGGGAUCCUCCUGCCUCAGCCUCCCAAGUAGUUAGGACUAUAAGCGUGCAUCACCACGCCCAGCUCAUCUUAAAAAACGUUUGUUUGUUUGUUUUUUUUUUUUUUUUGGAGACAGGAUCUUGCUAUGUUGCCAGACUGGUCUUGAACCCCUGGGCUCAAGCAAGCCUCCUGCCUUAGCCUCCCAAAGUGCUCAGAUUACAGGCAUGAGCCACCACGCCCAGCCUAGGUAGGAUAUAAUUUUACAGACGGGAAAAGGAGGCUUGGAAGGUUAACUAACUUCCCCGGAGUCACAAAGCCAGUAAGGCAUGGCUGUAGGAGUUGAACCCAGU